GGAACUGUGCACUUAGUGGGUGUCAGAAGAGGGACUGGGUUUUGGCUGGCCAAGUGUGCGGAACGCAAUGGACGGUACGAACCCUUUUCAAGGAGUUGAUGUUCAAAACUCCAGCAUGCGGGUCCAAGUCUCCUUAAUGAGGCCCCUUCGCACCUCACUCCGACCAGCAAGAGUUGUCUUUCCCUUGGCCACUCUUGGUGGACUUUCAUAUGCAGCCCGGUCCUUCGCGGAAUCGAUAUUGCCUUUCCAGAGGAGCGGUUGUGUCGGUGAAUAUCCGCUUUCCUUUGUUCUGAGUCCUUCGAUGACAGGGUACCGGACGCUAGAGUGGCAUCCGGUGGAUGGUCUCUGCUCUAUACCACCUCAAUGAACGUGGCAGGUGGGCUUUGUCUCGGGCAAAAUGCACGAAGCAUCUGGGGAAAGGGGAAGGGAGCCGGUGCCUUGUUUUUGUAUCCUCUUUAUUACACGCCUGCUGGUGGGAGAUGCCGUUGCCAUCUGGUGUGCAAGCCGAGUGGUUUGACGCAUUCGGAAGCGGGCCGGGUCAGCAGUGCAAAGAGUCUGGAUCACGGUCCCGGGGAACCCACUUUGCACCGCCUGUUGGCAAUCGAUCCGUGUUCGGAUGGGCUCAAGAGACCUCAAGCUGUUGCGUGGGGCUGCAGGUGCACCUCCCAGAGGCAGCAAGCCGUCGUUCUAGGGAUGAAAGGCAUGCUUAACCCCACGGGCUGCAUAUCUGAGGCCCUUCUGCAGCAAACCCACAGCACGAUACAGCCUUCACAUACCCUGCGCGUCAACAUGUUUGGGUUACUGCUCCACAUGUUCACGCAUGGAACCGAGCUGCUGGCCCUUCUCGAAGAGGCACCAGGACUCGUCGAUUUCCUUGGGUUACACACGGCCUUGGGAGCAAUGUAAGGCUGAUGAUGAUUGUGCGAGGUACCCAAACCUCACUGGAAUGAGGCAACGCCCACGUGCGGGUGACAUGGUCAGAGCCCC